AUUUACAACAGCUAUGACUAUGUGUGCUCAUGUGCUUUAUCGGAGCUUAUCUUAUCACAUUUGACAGUUGGUGAUUUUUCAUGAACCUAUGCAGUUAUGCGCUGUUUAUCGUUGUAAACCUGUUAUCCGAUAUUGGUGUCAGUGAAACGUUUUCUUUCAGUUUCUUUUAAUUGGUCACGAUUUUUGACGUCUGAAUCGUGUUUUGGGAGCAGUCCACAAAUUUCUCAAACUUCCGAGUUAACAAGCCAAUAUAUUUUGGACACACAUCAGCAGGUUCCUCCGUGACGUCACAAUCCUGAUCCGUGUGCAGUCUGUUUUUGAGUGAAGUGUAGUUCUACUAUUAUCCAGGUCACAGUUUACAUCACGGCACUACACAAAGAACCUGCUGGAGAGUUAAUGUGCUGAAGCUGGUGAUAGGAUCUUAAACUUACAGCAACAUGGAAGCUCGAAAGUUCGUUGUGUGGGACUAUGCGGUGUUUGUGGCAGUAUUGGUAAUCUCGGCGUCCGUCGGAGUAUACUUUGCCUUUACCGGUGGCCGGCAGAAAACUAACUCGGAGUUUCUUAUGGCCAACAGACAAAUGAGCGUGGUUCCCGUUGCUAUAUCUAUGGUGGUUACCAUAAUCUCAGCCAUCACCCUGGUUGGGACCCCAGGAGAAAUGUACACAUACGGCAAUGAACUGUGGCUGUACUCACUUGCAGCGUCACUGGGCUACUUUCUAACUGCUGUGCUAUUUGUGCCGCUUUUGUUCCCCUUGAAGUUAACUAGCGCGUACGAGUACUUACAACUGCGGUUUAAGUCAAAGAGCGCCAAACUGGUGGGUUCCUUCAUUACCUUAGUGAAUGCUAUCCUAUACAUGGGUGUAGCUAUGUACGCACCGGCAACGGCCAUGGAAAUAGUGACUGGGUCGCCUUACUGGGUUACUUUGAUCUUAACGUUUGUAGUCUCUUCAUUUUAUUCCGCACUGGGUGGCAUUAAAGCCGUGAUAUGGGUUGAUGCUCUUCAAUCCUUCAUCAUGUUAGCCGGCGUCAUUGCCAUUUUAAUUAAGGGCAGCAUAGAAGUCGGAGGUUUUGAUAAAGUAUGGGAGAUUAACGACAUGCAUAAUCGGGUGGAGCCUUUACACCUUGACCCCAACCCUCUCAUCCGCCACACAUUCUGGACCAUCGUGGUGGGCGGCAUGGUGGACAUACUGGCCAGAACUGGGGUCUACCAGGCGGCGGUACAGAGAUACUGCUCAGUGCCAACACUCACCAAGGCUAAAGUCACUACCCUGAUGAACGCACCUAUUAUAACCAUCAUUUGGUCGCUAACCUGUAUGGUCGGGAUGACCAUGUUUGCUUAUUACUCCCAGAAAGGAUGCGAUCCACUGGCAGCAGGAUACGUGUCUAACCCAAAUCAGUUGAUCAUGUAUUUCCUGAUGGAUAUCUUGUACUAUCCCGGUGUUCCUGGUUUGUUUGUUGGUAGCGUAAUGAGUGCAGUGUUAAGCACAAUCUCGUCCAUACAGAGUGCGGCAGCAGCCAUAUUUUGGGAAGAUUGGCUGAAGGGAUUUUUCAAGAAAAUGCCUGCAGAAAAACAAACAAUGAUCACGAAAGGAUUAGUUGUGUUAUUUGGAGCAGCUGGAACUGGAUUGGCUUUUUUCAUGGCGACCGUAGGAGGCACUGUUAUUCAGGUUGGUUUAGCUUUCAUCGGGGCAUCCGUGGGACCGCUUCUAGGAUUGUUUUUGCUUGGUUCAGUGUUUCCUUGGUCAAACUGGAUAGGCGCCAUAGUCGGGGGUUUGACGGGUCUAGCGUUCCCGUUAUGGAUCAGCUUUGGUUCAUUGAUUAAUAAGCCACCAGUGAACUAUCUACCCACUGACAUCACGAACUGCACAAAUUACCUGAAUAUCACUGCGAAGUGGGCCUCCACGACUCCCGUACCCACGAUAGCCAGUGAGGGUUUGAACGGUCUUUAUAGUAUCUCUUACCAAUACAAUGGCUGCAUUGGCAUGGCAACCGUCGUCGUGGUGGGACUUAUUGUCAGUUUUAUAACAGGCGCAGAAAAGAUCGAAGACGCAGACCCUAAACUUAUGAUGCCGAUAUUUGAUUGGUUGUUCUGUUGCUUGCCAAGGAAAUGCUCUCGUGCCCUUAGCUGUGGUAUUGACUACGAUAAAACAAAGGAAAUGAGGAAGAAAGGCGAGGAUUUCUUUCCCCCUGAGAGUGACGAGUUUGUUGAGAAAGAGAACGGCAUUGUCAACGAGAGCGCUACGAUCGAAUCCUCGAGACUUUAAUCCAACAAGCUCAUUAAUGUAGGGUGGAAAUAGUGUGGUGAACCCAGGAUCCAACCCAAGAUCCUAGGGUGAAGAUAGCUGAAAAGUUCAUAAUAUUCGUGUCUACAACUUUGAUUUAUUGGAGAUUUAUUUUUUUAUAAAGUAACUUGUUUCAUUCUUUCGUUCUGCAAUUUUUUUGUUCUAUGUGGUUUAUUUUAUAAAAUGGGCCUACAUUUCCAUUUUUUGUCCUAUGUGGUUUAUUUCAUAAAAUAGGCCUACACUUCCGAGAACAUACAGAUGAUCGCUCCUUUUAAAUAUUGUUGUUCAAAAGAUAUUUAUAUAUAUCGUAAAGACAUUCAUCUUUUUGUGGGGGCUUUACAUCCUGUCUACUUCUUAUCAUAUAGGAAUAAUUUACUUCUUUAAAAAAGGAUAUUUAAUAUUGUGGGGAUAUGACGAAGAUGUUUGAACGAAUGGACCGAAGCACGUAGAAAAUGAACUGAUGCCAGCGCAUAAUACACAUUUUACAGAUUUUUUUAAAAUAGAAGUUAGAAAUUAAAAAAGGUGUACAAUAUUUUAAAGAUAUUCUCCAUAGCAACAAUAAACUUACAAAUAAACUUUUGUGUCGUAAAUAAAAGUUCCUAGCUCAAAUUCUCUAUUGCGAUUAAACGCUUGUUGAAUUCCGUAUCUCAAUUAUAAGAAGAGUCGAUAUCAAAGGAAAAAAAA